CAGGAAAAAAAAAUAUUGAGUUCACUAUGGUUAGAGAAUCACAAGAUGGCUGCAUCAUCAUGGUCAACACAGAAAUUAAACAACAAACAUUUCAAAUUACAAAAAUCUACGCUCCACCUAGGAGCGAAGAUAGAGUUCGCUUCUUUGAAAAUUGGACUCCACCCAUAGCAGAAGAAAGAAUAUGUAUCAUUGCUGUCCGUAAGGCCCUAAAAAGCCUAUACGAAUCACCAGCUCCUCAGAGCAAUGCAGACCAAGACCACUUUCAAUUUAAAUGGAUUAAAUCCGAAUGGAGUCUUAACAAGAAGAAAGACAUUUUUUGGCGCCUCAUUCAUAGGGCCUUACCUCUUGGGUACCGAUUGUUACACGUCGAUCCUAAUAGCCUUGGGGAUUGCCCUAAUUGCCUAAAAUGCCCUAUAAGUAGAAUUAUUUGGGAAACUGCCUACAAAGCUCUGAAGACAACGGAAGAGGACUCAAUUUCUCGAACAUUAGAUGAUAUCUUCAAGAAACACAAAACUGCAAUUUGGGUCAAGAUAAAAUUUGAAAUUAACCUUCUACACAGAAUACUUGGCCUAAAGGCCGCAAAAAGCCAGUUAAAAGAACAAUUAGCUGAGUAUGAAGCUAAGCAAAAAACUGAGUUUCAACAACAAGAAAUUAAGGAAUUGCAAGAGCUUAUUAAAUAUAUGACUGCUAAAGGAGAAACUGAAUGCAAGCUUGACACUAACACCAAAGCUCCUAUUGUCUUAUUUGAUAAAGCAGAAAAG